CCGUUCUUUCUUUCUCGGACUGGAGAAGACAAGAUGGAUAUCACACCAACUAGUACCUCUGCUCCCUCUAAGGACACCAUUCCUAUUAAUAACCCAGCUGAUAUCUCCGUCAUUGUCAUCUAUUUUGUAGUGGUACUGGCUGUGGGAAUAUGGGCUAUGGUAAGGACAAGCCGUGGCACUGUAGGAGGCUUCUUCCUGGCUGGACGUAGCAUGGUGUGGUGGCCAAUUGGGGCAUCCCUUUUUGCCAGUAACAUCGGAAGUGGGCACUUUGUUGGUCUGGCAGGCACCGCAGCUGCUGGUGGAAUUGUAAUUGGAGGCUUUGAAUGGAAUGCACUGGUUAUAGUGGUAUUUCUUGGCUGGGUCUUUGUACCCAUCUAUGUGAAAGCUGGGGUGGUUACAAUGCCGGAGUACCUGAGGAAACGUUUUGGUGGAGAUCGGAUACGGGUCUACCUCUCUGUUCUUUCACUGCUGCUCUAUGUGUUCACUAAGAUCUCUGCAGAUAUGUUUUCCGGAGGCAUUUUUAUCCAGCAAGCCAUGAGAAUCAAUAUCUACAUAGCCAUUGUAAUGCUACUGUUAAUCACUGCUGUGUACACUGUGACAGGCGGUUUGGCAGCUGUUAUCUACACAGAUACUCUACAGACUAUCAUCAUGCUUGUUGGAUCCUUCAUCCUCAUGGGCUUUGCAUUCAAUAAGGUUGGAGGAUAUGAAAAUUUUAUGAUCGCAUACAUGAAGGCCAUUCCCACUGAGGUUACAGAUAUAAAUGGCACACAAGUUGAUUCAAAAUGCUACACCCCUCGUGAAGAUGCCUUCCAUCUUUUCCGGGAUCCAAUCAAAGGAGAUAUGCCAUGGCCUGGUCUUAUCUUUGGUCUGACCAUCCUAGCCUUGUGGUACUGGUGUACAGAUCAGGUAAUAGUUCAGCGAUGUCUCUCUGCCAAGAACAUGUCACAUGUCAAGGCCGGCUGUGUGCUGUGUGGAUAUCUUAAACUUUUACCCAUGUUCCUGAUGGUGUUCCCAGGAAUGAUAAGCCGCAUUCUCUACACAAAUGAAAUAGCUUGUGUGCUGCCAGAGAAGUGUAAAGAAUACUGUGGUACUGAAGUUGGAUGUACAAAUAUCGCUUACCCAAAGUUGGUGAUUGAUUUGAUGCCAGACGGUCUUCGAGGUUUAAUGUUGUCUGUAAUGUUGGCAUCUCUCAUGAGCUCCCUAACAUCCAUCUUUAAUAGUGCCAGCACCUUGUUCACUAUGGACAUUUAUACUAAGAUCCGCAAGAAGGCAUCAGAGAAGGAGCUGAUGAUAGCAGGAAGACUUUUCAUGCUGGUCCUGAUCGGAGUGAGCAUUGCCUGGAUCCCCAUUCUGCAGUCAGCACAGAGCGGACAGUUGUUUGAUUACAUACAGUCCGUGACCAGCUACUUGGGACCUCCUAUUGCAUCUGUCUUCUUUCUGGCUAUCUUUGUCAAGAGAGUUAAUGAACAGGGAGCGUUCUGGGGAUUAAUUAUUGGAUUGUUAAUUGGUCUGUCGCGGAUGAUCGCUGAAUUUGCUUUUGGCACUGGAACAUGUCUGAAACCAAGCAAAUGUCCAGACAUUAUCUGUAAAGUGCAUUAUCUGUAUUUUGCUAUUAUUCUCUUUACUGCAACCAGCAUCAUCGUUCUGGGUGUAUCACUAAUGACCAAGCCAAUCCCAGACAAACAUCUUUACCGCUUGUGUUGGUCCCUGAGGAACAGCAAAGAGGAAAGAAUAGACCUUGAUGCUCAAGACUGGGUUGCUGAAGAAGAAGAAUACGAGGACUCUGAUGGCGAGGAAAAACAAGUGAGUUGCUGGAAAAAGGCUUACAAUUGGUUCUGUGGGUUCGAAGAUAAGGCGGCUCCAAAACUUAGUGAGGAAGAGAAGAAGGCCAUGGAAGCAAAGAUGACAGAUACAUCAGAAGCUCCUCUGUGGAGAAAUGUGUCCAAUAUCAAUGGCAUUAUCCUACUAACUGUGGCUGUGUUCUGCCAUGCCUACUUUGCCUAGAUGUGAUAUAUAUAUAUAUAUAUAAUAUGUUGAAUCCUAAUAGACACUGUUUGGUCCAGUCAUCAACGGAAGGAUUAAUGCAGAGAGAGUUUUCACUUUUUCUGCUUAUGAGAAACAUUUGGAUGAUGAAAAACGAAGGAAAUAUGGACGUGAAUUAAAUUUACCAGGAAAUCUACCCUGUGGGUAACUCCUCCUGUCCAUGAAGCCUCAACAGCAGUGCACAUUACACAGGCAUGUCCUGCUGCAGGGUGAAGUGGUAGCACAUUUGUCGUGAACUGCAUUCACACAUUCCUGACCAAUCUAUUGGGACAUAUGUAAAAUGAAUGGUCAUCAUUGACUAGAAUCUCGUGUAUUAAUGAGGGUGGAUGAAUACAUAUUAUGAAUUGAAUUGUCCAGCAUUUGAAAUUAAUAGAUAAAAU